UGUUUAUUAGCGGAGACGGAGCGCGGUGAGGCGGGCGAGGUUCCCCUGCACCGGCACUGCGGUCUGGGAGAGGCCACCCCACCGUCCCGCGGCAGCAAGCGGCCAGAUGUACCAGGAGGACGUGCCCACCAGGGCGAUGUGCAGGUUGCGGGAAUGGAUCAGGGAUCGCCCCCAGGUGACAGGCAGCGACGCUCAGUCCAAACGUCCAGCUGCUGACAUGGAGGUGGUCGCGCUGGAGGAGACCGCGAGCAGCAGGCUGGACCAGCUGUACCAGAGGGAUGCUGUUGCAGUCCGGCCCAAUGGCCACCGGACGUCCAGCCGGCCCGAGCCGGGUCAGAGGUCACAGCCAGUCCACAUACAAGUGAGAAGGCCGCUGCAGGAGGGGGAACUGCACACGUCAUCGCUGCCAGCCAUCCCCAACCCUUUCCCGGAGCUCUGCAGCCAGCCCUGCUCCCCGAGCCUCGGCAACAGCUCCAAGCCACCGGCCAGCAGAUCCACCCUCGUGAUCACGGUCUUCAGCGAGGGCGGGACGCGGAGGUCACUGGAGGUGGGGGCCACGGCAACAGCUCGCGACGUCUGCAGCAUGCUCGUCGAGAGGGGUCGCUGCCUGGACGAGGAGAGCUGGGCCCUGGUGGAGGCCCACACCGACGCUGCUCUGGAAAGGUACGUGGAGGAUCACGAGCCGCUGGCGGACCUGCAGGCCGCCUGGCCACCCAACGGCGGCAGCAAGUUCAUCUUCAGAAAGCACUACGCCAAGUACGAGGUCUUCAGGAACCCCGAGACGUUCUUCCCCCCGCACUUGUUAGGAGGAAGUCUGGAAGGUCACGCGGGAAUUUCACGAGUACAACUCACUCAGAACUUCCUGAAUGCCCGGAGCUGCCCGGAGAUACAGGGGUUUCUGUACCUGAAGGAGAAGGGGAAGAGGGCGUGGAGGCGCCUGUAUUUCUUCCUCAGGAGGUCGGGGUUCUACUACUCUGCCAAAGGAACGUCCAAGGAACCAAGACACCUUCAGUACUUUGCAGACACGAACGAGAGCCACAUUUACACCGUCACGAACAGAAAGAGAUAUAACUCACCCACAGAGUUCGGCUUCUGUGUGAAGGUUCCCGGGCCGAGGUGCGAUCGGGGAGAGCUGUGUUUGCUUUGCGCUGACGAUGAACAGACCCGUACCUGCUGGAUGACGGCUUUCCGAUUACUCAAGCUGGGUCCACAGCUCCGCCUCAACUUCCAGCGGACGCAGCAGCGGGAGAGCCGGAGGUCCUGGAACGGGGCGGCUGGGUCGGGGGGUGUCUCGGAGAGCUGCCUGGUGCCAAUGGACUUCUCGGGGUGCACGGGCAGGGUGAUUGCAAACCCCACGGAGGCUUCGAUGGUGGCCGAGGAGGAAGCUCACGCCUGGCGGAAGAAGGGAUCGCUACGUCACAGCCUCCCCAGCACCUGCCCGGGCACCGGACUCAGCACAGCCAUACACAGGAGCCAGCCCUGGUUUCACGGACAGAUCUCGAGGGAGGAGGCCCACCGGCUGAUCGUGCAGCACGGCCACAUAGACGGGGUGUUCCUGAUGAGGGAGAGCCAGAGGACCCCCGAGAGCUUUGUGCUGACCCUCAGCCACCACAACAAGACCAAGCACUUCCUGGUUGCUCCGUGCGAGGAGGACGGACAGAUGUACUUUACGGUCGACACCGGCCAGACCAAGUUCAGCGACCUGAUCCAGCUGGUGGACUUCUACCAGAUUAACCGCGGCGUGCUGCCCUGCAGCCUGAAAUAUUACUGUACCCGGGUGUCCCUGUAGCCCGGCGCCGUCCCCCAGCACUCCGACAGAACACAGACCGUGCGCCCCUCGCUCGACCCCCCCGUUCCCCAGCGGGACACCGCCCUCCAUCCGCCGCAGCGUCCUCCCCGGCGAAGGGAUGCUCCCCUCUGAUCUCGAACCCUCGUUCUGCGCCGUCUGGCCAAUCGAUUGGGGAGGUAACCCUCCGGGAUUCGAGUCCCCCCAGGGGCUGUCCAUCGCCGCUCACGCCCCGUGCAGAGAGCAGCCUCGGCACCUGAACGUCUCCCCCCCCCCCCGGGACUGGAUGCUCAGCACCAACGUCUCCAAACAAGUCGGGGUCCGCCGCCUCCUGGAUGCCGGCUGUCCUGACCGAGCCCGGAGCCUGGCAACGCCGAGCCGGUCAGCAUCUCCACACCCCCUUGGGAAAGCUGGUCAGGACCCUGGGGCAGGGAGGUUGACCAGAGGGGUGGAGGAGGGGGAGAGAGUGACUGGAGAGACUGACAGGGGAAGGAGAGUGGCCAGAGAGAGAGAGAGAGAGAGAUGACCAGUGGUGGGAGACAGUGAACGGGGGAGACUGACCAGAGAGAGCGUGUGACCGACGACACUGACCAGAAGGGGACACAGUGACUGGGGGGAGUGAGCAAAGGGAGGGGAGAGGAUCUGACCAGAGGGUGAGGCGAAGGACAGGAGAGAGCGACAAGAGGGAGGAAGGAAUGAGCAGCCAAGGGAGGGUGGGUGAGUGUGACCAGAGGGAACAAAGAGGGAGACGAUGGGCAGGAGGGAGAGUGGGUGAGGCAGGAAGAGGGUUAAUCCAGUUACGCACUCUCUUGCUCUGUAGGAUUUGAACUGCACCCCGAGACACGAGAGAGAGCAGCUGCUGGAAUGAGGACCGGUCCUGGUGAGGGGGUCUCGGGCCGAACUGUUGUCUCUCUGUCUCCCUUCCUGACCUGAUGAUUUUUCAAGCACUCUGUGUGUGUGCGUGUGUGUGUGAGAGAGAGAGAGAGAGAGAGAGAGAGAGAGUGUGAGCGUUAAACUCAACCCUGUCAGGAAAAUGAUAAAUGUCCCAAAUAUUAUCUUUAUUUUUAUAAAUGUACAGAACAGAAACCUCCAAGCAUAGAGUGGUUUAAUUGUUUUUUCCCACACAUCCUGUAUGGUACAUCAACCCGGCCCGCGUGUGUGUGUGUUUUUUCUAAAUACCCACCUUUUGGUCCAUGAUAUGAGACGGGCGGUGUGAUCGAGACUAUGUCGGGGAAGGAAAUGGACACAAAAGCAACCAAGGCCCGCUGGUGAUGAAUU